UAUAUAGUGUUGCAUGUUAAAACAACUUUCAGUGAUCACUUGAACUACCUUCUUUAGAGUUAUUUUACUUGUCGUAUAAGCACACUAAAUCUCCACUUGAAUCGUAUUUCAAUCUGGGUAUAGUUCUAAAUUCAAAUAUCUCUCCGUUACUGGCGGCCUGAUGACAAGGCAAAAUAAUAGCGAGGGUGAUGACUGAUGAAGGGCGGAUAGCACGAGAAAACUUACUUUUGACCUGGGAAGAACUGCUUAUUGUAUUCUCCUGGUUGAAAUUUGUUAAAGAGUAUUAUUUAUACCGGACGCAACUUAUCAUCGUGCAAGUAUCAACAACAACAUUCAGGCCCGGGUUGUUCGAAAGGUAAAUAACGCUCAGUAUCCACGGAUAAAUCACUAUCCAGUGGAUAGUGUGGUUUGUUAACACUUAUCCUUUGGUAGCCGGUGGAUAGCGUUAUCCAGCUUUCGAACAACCGGAGCCAGAGCGUCAUUUUUUGGCUUUAUAGCCUCUCCUAAAUCAACUGAUUUUGAACUAUUUUACUUGGUCGUUUAUCCUUACAUGAUGUGUAUGAUCAUUUUAAUGUUUUCCUUGUUAUACGUGUGUAGUAUACAUUAUCACGUGACGUUCCUGCACCAAUGGAGAGACUCGUUCGGCGAGUUGCUUUGUUCAGCCUGGUCCUCACCUCUGGCGUCUUCUUUCGUGUAGGAAACGCUGAACUUGAAGGGAAGGCCAAACGUUUUCAGCUUCCCUUUUCAGCCUCAAACCAAGUGACUCAGUCCCAGUGGGCUGGUUCACUACCUCAAGAUGCACUAUCGUCACGGCCUUCAUUGCCAUUUUACGGAAAUCAAAUACCUCAGUCCCCCGAAGCAAGCAUGUUUGGUCAGCAGAUCCCGCUCACUUCUCCACCAACAGUUCCUAUUGCUACAAACGAGAUGUUUGAUGAUCCCACAAACCGGGAUCAACUCAGCUCUACAAGUUUGUCAUUUCUACAAGGGCAGUUUCAAUCCCGGAAUUCACGACCCGCUGGAGAAAAGGUAGAAUACUUUGAGCCCAACGACAGCCAGGAAACAUCGCCUUACUUAGAUUCUAAGCAGUUCGCGGACAACGGCCCGACAAGGGAGGACUUGAAAACUAUCCAGCCUCUCCUCGACAAUGAAAAUGACAUCACGAAUGCCAUAAUCAAAGAUGCUUGGUCACAAGGUAUGUUAAGCCCCAGUCCGGACAAGCGACAGUUGUACUUAGGGGAGCCGCAUGCCUCAAUACUCCCAGAAUACAACAGCGAUUUUCCAGCGCCUGUUGUUUUACCAUCCGGGGUAGUGCCUGACGCGGGAGUGGUCCCCGCAGCGGGGGCCAUUGCACCCGCUCCUCUCAUAGCUCCUGCGCCUGUGAUAUUACCAGCUGAUGCCAUCAAGGAGAAGAACAAAGCGUACCCAGAUGCUGAAGGUUGUCACUUUGUUUAA